GGUAAUUAUUUUUCGGAUAACCGUAAUGGCCGGUUUCCUGUCAAGAUUUUGUGGACAAAUCAAGGGAUGGAUUCAAUGGUCCUGGACUUAUUUAUGGGCAGUUUGGUUUAUGCUUGUCGUCUUUGUAAUCUACAUUCUUAGAGGACCAUUGAAGCUCAGUGAAAACAUGUCUUAUGCAACAAUGUUUCUUAACACGUUGACGCCCAAGUUUUAUGUGGCACUCACUGGUACAUCUUCCCUGAUAUCAGGUCUGAUUCUG